AUGGUGCCGAUGUUGUUACUCGGGAUGAAUAAAACGUGGAGACAUAAUAUGGAUCGAGCUGUUUCUCUAUGGAUGACCAUUCCAAUGUGCUUUCUCGAGUGGUUCUUCGGGGUGACAAUCCGGGUGUGCGGAGAUCCGAUCGAGUAUGAUGAGCCGGCAAUGAUACUCAUGAAUCAUCGAACAAGACUAGAUUGGAUGUACAUUUGGUCAGCUCUUUUCCAAAUAAAUCCCUGGUUGAUUACGUCGAAUAAAAUCUCGAUGAAGAAAGAGUUGAAGUUCUUGCCGGGAGCAGGAUUCGGCAUGUCGGCGAAUCAAUUCAUCUUUUUGGAAAGAAACAUCGAGAAAGAUAAGGAAAGCUUCGAGAAUACGAUUGAAUACUAUGCGAGUAUGAAGAAUAACUAUCAGGUGCUGCUCUUCCCUGAAGGUACAGAUAAAACCGAUUGGACGACCGCCAAGAGCAAUUCGUUUGCGAAGAAAAACGGGUUGAGCCAACUCGAGUACGUUCUCUACCCGCGCGUGGCCGGCUUCAAUCACUUGCUCAACAAAAUGAGACAAGAAAACUAUAUCUCGUACAUCUAUGACAUCACAAUCGGUUAUCCAUAUAAAACCGUGCAAACCGAGAUCCAUCUCGUAGCGAAAGGAGAUGCUCCAAAAGAGGUCCACUUCCAUGUGAAAAAAAUCCCGAUCUCGGAGAUCCCAAGGAGUGAUACGGCGGCUGGAGCAUGGUUGACAAAACUAUGGCUUGAGAAAGAGGAACGCUUAAGGAAAUACUACGCCGAACCGAGAGAGUCCUUUCGUCGAUUCGAAUCUAAUGGAUUCUCGUGGAGCAAUGUAAAAGAAAGUUGGCGGAAACGUUUCAUGAAAAUUUUCUCCGGGUUUAUCUUCUUGACAGUGACAUUCGUUUGGCUCUACCACGUGACAUUUAUUCGAUUUUUGCAAAUCGGCCUCCUAUACGCGAUUUUUGUGCAACUGUUUACCGGGUAUUUUUACGGUGGAAUCGACGGCUUCACCCUGUACAGAUGGCGGAAAACAAAAGCAAAGUCUUUCAUU